AUGAGACACGUGGGGUCAUCCCCGGGGACCAUCCUCACCUGCCUGAUGGAGGUCUGCCCCGGCACCAGCUCUGCCAGGGUGGGGUUGCUAUCCCUCAUCCUCCUGGCCACGCUGAGCAGCCCCUCGCUGCAGAAAUCCCUGCCCGCGGCGUACAGAGACCACGGGGGUCCCCAGGAGGGCACGGGACUCAUCCGGUGCGGGGAAUACAGCAAUCAGGUGCUGCCCAACGGCCGCUGUAAGAUCGUGGCCACCUUGCCGCAGGGGGAUGAGCAGCGAUGCCCGGACAUGUUUCGUUGCACCGAUGAGGUGUCCUACUGGCUCCACGAGAACGAGGAGCGCAAGCAGCAGGUCCUGGAGCUGCGGGAGCUGAUCUCGGAGCUGCAAGAGGAGCUGAGGAACCACCGUCACCGCAUCAAAGUCCUCGAGCUUCAGCACGAGGAGGCGGCCGGCCGCAACCACAGCCUGGCCCAACGGGUGCAGGACCUGGAGCAUCGGUACAGCGAGGCCAGCACCCUGCAGCACAUCCAGGCCACGCUGCUCUACGACAUGCAGGCGCAGAUCAACAACAUCUCCGUGCUGACCGACUGGGCCUGGCGCAACCCCACCUGCCUCGGCCCCGCCGAGAUGCGGCUGCAGGAGGAGAUGCACCAUCCAGAGGUGAAGCAUGCCAGGAACUGCCCCAUCGACUGUGCUUCCGUCUACUACAAUGGGCUCCGGCGGUCUGGAGUCUACAGCAUCAUGCCCUCGGUCGGUGGGAUGCCCAUCGAAGUGCUGUGUGAGAUGGACACCGAAGGUGGGGGCUGGACAGUCAUCCAGAGGCGUCAGGAUGGCUCAGUUGACUUCAACCGAACUUGGAAUGAGUACAAGGAGGGUUUUGGGGACCUCAAUGGCGAAUUCUGGCUGGGCAAUGAGAACAUCCACAAGAUGACGAGCCAAGGGGACUACUCUCUACGCAUCGACCUGGAGGACUGGAACAACAAACACAAGCAUGCCUUCUACCAGGUCUUCAGCAUUGAGGACGAGGCAAACUAUUACCGCCUGCACGUGGAUGGGUUCAGCGGGACGGUGGAGGAUUCCUUUGCCUGGUACCACAACAAGAGGAGCUUCAGCACACCCGACUCGGGGAACAUCUGCGCCGAGAUUUCCCACGGAGGCUGGUGGUACCACCAGUGCUUCUUCUCCAACCUCAACGGGGUGUACUACAAGGGCGGCCGAUACUCCAUUAAAAACCGCAAGGUCCUGGGGCCGGACGGUAUCGUGUGGUACUCAUGGAAGGACACAGACUACUACUCCCUGAGGAAGGUGGUCAUGAUGAUUCGACCACGCACUUUCCGGCCCCACCUCUCCCCGUGAAGGAGCUUGGGAUGAUCUUCCUUUCACCUCAUAAUGAACAUUGAGAAGAGAGGGCUGGAAAUAGCUUGCUGUGAGCAA